AUGAGGUGUAUUCAAUUAUUAUGGGCAUUAAUAUCUGUAACUUGCGUAUGCAGUAUAGAACCAAGAGUAGAUCCUCUUGUGAUAAUUCAACAAGGUUUAAUUUUUGGACAAAAAUCUAGUGACGGUUCGUACUCUACCUUUUUGGGUAUACCGUACGCCAGUGUCAAUUUGGAUAAUCCUUUUGGAGCAUCAGAACCUGCACCUGCAUUCAGCGGCAUUUUUAACGCUAUAGAUGGCUCUAUAAUAUGUCCACAAAGCUAUGACUAUAUUCCAAGAAUGAUAUCACAAAUACGUAAUGAAACGCUAGACUGCUUACGUUUAAACAUUUAUGUUCCAUCCCAAGCUGGUUCGAGAAAUCCCUUGCCCGUACUUGUCUGGAUACAUGGAGGAAACUUUAGCGGGGGAUCAGCAGGGGAAUACCAACCAAAGAGUCUCCUCAAACAUGACAUAAUAGUGGUCACUAUAAACUAUCGCUUAGGGCCCUAUGGUUUUCUAUGUCUCGACAUCCCUGCAGUUCCUGGAAAUCAAGGACUCAAAGAUCAGCACGAAGCUCUGCGUUGGAUAAGAAACAAUAUCGCAGCUUUCGGUGGUAACCCUUACAAAGUAACUGUAGCCGGUCAAGGCUCUGGAUCUAUAUCAGCCUUAUUACAUUUGUUCUCAUCAAAAACAAAACUAUUCGAUAAAGUUAUAGCUCAAAGUGGCACUCCAAAUUCCUACAUGUUAAAUAAGGAUUAUGAAAUUGCAAUAAAACUUGCAAAUUACAUUGGCAAUAAUACAACAAACACUGAAGAUGCAUUAACUUUCUUGGCUAACACUUCAUUCGAAUUAGUUACUGAGGCUGUUACAGCUACCAAAACGAUUUUAGGACCAUGCGCAGAAAAAUCAUACAGUGGUAUCGAAAAUUUUCUGAGCACUAGUCCUUAUAUGGCUACAAACGAGAAGAAAAUACGAAGUACACCCAUUUUACUUGGUCAUAAUAGUAAAGAAAUAGCAGGAUUUGAUCCAUAUGAGCCUGAUGAUUCAACAGACCCGUUUUAUAACAAAAUAAAUAAAAACUUUGAUUUCGAUGAAAACGAAUCUGUGGAAGAUGUUGCUAACAUUGUAAGACGUUUCUACAUAGGAGAUGCAAAACUGGAUAUUAAUGUAUUGGACGAAGUAGGAAACUUUGAAUCGGACUUUAGGUUUAACCAUCCAACGCAACGAACGAUUGAUAGUCUUUUGAAAGCAAAUCCUAGUGCGAUUUACGAAUACGUAUUUAGUUAUGUUGGCGACAAGACAGCAAAAGAUGCGGGACACUCCGAUGAAAUUCCAUAUUUGUUCGAUGGUGUGGAAAAUUUUGCUGAUCCAGCCAGUCAUCUCGUUUCGCAGAAUAUAACAAAAUUGUGGGCAAAUUUUGUAAAACAUGGAAACCCAACACCAUCAUCGAGUGACCAAGAACCUCUAAAAUGGCCACCAGUUACUUCCGAGUCGAGGCCUUUUGUAGUAAUUGAUAUAGAAAUGAGUGUGAAUAACAGCAGAAUCUUCAACGACCGAAUGGCUUUUUGGGACUUGUUCUUUUUGAUGUAUGGUCAACGACACAAUCUCUAUCGAAAGUGUAAUUAAUAUGUGUCUCUCUUAACAGAGUCCUGGCAGUAUAUCAGCGUCAUAGCUAACCACAGCAUUAAGGUAGUUACCGCACUCAUCAACGAGGAAUCGCAUUAAGCUAGUCAGAAAAAACAUUUUUUGUGAUCCUCUAGAACACUAAAAUUAUCUCACCUUAUUUCUAAUGUUAUUCUCAUAGCCUCAGCUCAUAACGCAUCUGCCUGUAAGGGUAGUUUUAAAUAUAUGGCAGCUAAAAUAUGGAAUAAUAUCCCCCUCCCUUGCACAACCAGUCAUCCAUUCAAUAUUUUAGAGUCAAGAUAAAACAGCACUAUCUAGAGCUCCAACUAAGCGGCUAGGUAACUAACUGAAAAAGUCUAAGAAGUGCAGUAUUUCAUUUAAUAAAAACAAUACAAUAUAAGCAAUAAUCUCCUAUGAUUAUAGUAAUUAUUUUCCUACUUAUAUUUAGUUUAAUUUUAAGAUAUAUUUUGACAUUUUUUAAUGUUAACUAACAUUAGUAAAUACUUUCGUGCAAUCUUCUUCUGUAGCUCCAACUGAAAACCAACGUUACAGCAGUGGAGCUGUGACAUAAUAUGCUGAGUU